AUGGCGGCGCCACCCGCAGCCCAAGAGGUGCCGGAGGAAAACCAAGAGCGGCUUGGCCGGCUGAAGGCACGGCUGGCCCGAGCUUACAAGCGGGAGUGGAACACGGAGGAUUGGCGCAUCCACGACGCCAGCAAGGGCUUGCGCUAUAGAGACUCCAUCGAUAAGUGGCCCCUUGACAUGGUCGAGGUUUUUUCCAACCAGAAGUAUCGCUUCUAUUUGGGAAGCAUUACUUCCGCGAAGAAGUUCCACGAAAAAUACAAGCUGGACCUGGUGUUUACGAUGAAUGCAGAUGAUGCGACACGGCACGAUGGCGAACUAUCAGAUUGGUCAGCUUUUUUUCGCGAGAAGGGCGUCCAGAACUUCCGGUUUGGCGGCUUUGACACCAGCGGCCUCGAGCCAGGAUCGAAGAAAUGGGUGCAGAAGAAGGAGGAGUUUCUGAGCACCUGGGGGGCAGUGGUGGAAGCACUGCGGAGGUAUACCUCGGAGACAGAGAACCAGGGGCAGAUCCAGAUUCUCUUUCACUGCUACCUGGGAACCCACCGCUCAACCGCAGCUUUGGUUGCUGUGCUCAUCUCGCUUUCUAUGACUACCGAGGAGGCCAUCGAACAUGUGCUGAAGGCUCGUGCCGGGCAGGAGUACUGGAAAGACAAGUUCUGGAUGCUGGAGGCUUUACUUGAGUUCGAGGUACAGUGUGAAGCCGCGAAGCCCUGA